AUGCUACGGCUGGUGGUACGGGCGCGGCUCGCGCCCUCCGUCAGCGCCUUCGCGCACGAUAUAGUUCUACAACGGAUCAUCUCGGCUCUGGUGGUCAACCGUCCAGGUACGCUGGCGCAGAUCGCAGAUGUGUUCGGCUACGCGGACCAGAAUAUCACGGGCCUUUGUCUCCCGGCGCUUAAGAAACGGCUGCGUGCGCUCGUGGCCGUCACUUUCUUUCACCUCACGACUGUCAGUUUCUGCGUGUCCAACGAGCAACUGCUGCUUCGCUCUCAGUUGUUGUUGCAAAUCCGACGAGACCCGCGUCACCAGCGGCAAUUGCUGCGGAUAUUACACGAGUUCGGCGCUGAGCUGAUCGUUCCACACGAUGAACAGGACGCCGAAAGUGACGAUCCACUAGUAGCACUGGACGACGAAGAAGACUUCGACGAAGACGGAGUCCCGUUCUCCCGUAGUAGCGCGGCCUCUACGUCUCAAUUCUUGACCUUGGCUGACGAGCCAGAUAAACUGAUCAAGUUCAUGGGUGCGCUCACAGAGGAAGGCUUCAAAAUCCUCGAGACGCAGACGUGUGGACCAGUAUUUCUCGAUACCUCCCACUCGACAUUAGACCCGGAGAGCGCCUACUCGUUCCGACGAGAAGUUGCAUCUGAAGUGGAGAAUUUGCUCGUAGUACCGACAGAUAACGAGGCGACCACUGCUAACCCUGCGAAGACAGUCAGUGAGAUCCAAGGUGGCAGUGCUCAUGUGAGUGAUGGAACAGCGUCUGCGCUUCGACAAUUGAACAAAAAUGCCGCCCCAACAGCGAUAAACUCCGAGCCAGACCCACUGGAUGCCGAUGUUAUGACUCCUUUACCGCCAACAUCCACUUUCCAGCUGCAUACAAACGACCAGGGAUAUUUCUCUCCGAAUCGACUUCGGUUGCAUGCUCGUAUCGCCCAGCAGCUCUACUCUUCUGCGCCCCAGGACUUGAGCAUUCCCAAGUUUGUGCUUCUACUAGGUAUCCCCGGCUCAGGAAAGUCUACAAUGUUGAGCCAUCUCGACCUCAUGGGACAGCUCACACUGCAGGAUUUUGUAAACUUUGACGUGGACGAUGUCAUUGCACUUCUACCUGAGUUCUACCACGCUAUGCUCAAUGUGGGGCUGGGCAAUGAGCCUGAAAGUCGCAGUGUGACAGAUCCUGAAGCUGCUGAGGUGCUUUCGAAGCCUCACGCGAAGCUCUUGCCAGGUCCACAGACACGGUAUCAACUUUGUCGAGACGAGGCACGCUUCAUUCUCAAGAAAAACCUUCACAGCGCCAUUAUGUCGCGUAAGAAUAUAAUUCUUCACGGCAGCGGGAAGAGCUUCACCAGUUACGCCCAAACGGUUGACCAAGUCAAGGCUGCCGGUUUUGAUGUUCAGGUGAUCUGUCUGGACAUCCCAUUAACGGAGGCUUACAAGCGGGUGAAUAAGCGUAGCCGUGGCUAUGGGCGUGACGUACCUCGAGCAGUUAUCGACACGGCUUCAUCGCUGAUCACGCGCAAUUUCCGUCGUCUAGCGAGUCGUGUGCCUAACGCACAUCUUUUUGACAGCACAGCUCUUCCCCCGCGGUUGGUUUGGAGCAAACAACGCUCGGAGAUCGCGACAAAUCAUCCAGAUGACGUUGUGCAGCGCAAGUAUGGUAUUUAA